AUGCCCGUCCUCACCACCACCUCCGCCACCGCGAACGGACCCCGCACGCCCCGCACACCGCUCACGCCGCCGCCCUCCUACGCCCUCUCCACGCACGCCGCCGCCCAAUAUCACUACCCCGUCUAUGCGUCCCACCCGCCGUUCAAUUUCACCCCCUUCCUCCCAUCCACCGCCUCUUCCUCUGCCUCUCCUUCUCCUUCUUCCUCGAUCUCUAAUCGUAAUCGCUCCGCGUCUACCAAUGCCCCCGCGCGUUCCCCUUCGCCGUCCUCGAAUACGACGGCGAAUACGGCGAAUGGAUCGACGACGACGACCAAUACGAAUGCGAAUACGCCGUCGACCCGCCCAACCCGCCCGAAACUGACCCUCCGCCUCGACUCCAUCCCAGAAUACGCCCCCCUCUCCAUCGUCAAGCCAUACACCCCCUCGUCCUCCCAUUCCACCCACCCUUAUAAUCACAUCAACAAUAAUAAUAAUAACAAUAAUAAUACUAACAACAACCCAUCUUCCUAUAAUCCCUAUAAUCCCUACCCCUCGCACCCCUCGCACCCCUCGCACUCCUCGAGCUUCGCGAACAACACGAGUGCGAAUGCGAAUGCGAGCGGCGGCUACCCGUCGUUCACGCUGAACCUGGGCGUCGAGGAGAGUCCGCUCGGCGCGCUCACCCCGCUCACCCCGCUGACGCCGCGCACGCCCGGCGGGCGGUGGUUUGAGCCCGUUCUAGGACAGGGGCAGGGGCAAGGGCAGGGGCAGGGGGAGGAGCGUGAUGAUGAGGAUGAGGAUGAUGAGGAUGGUGGUGGUGGUGGUGUUGGUGUUGGGAAUGGGGACGGGAAUGGGAAUGGGAAUGGGAAUAAAGGGAAAGGGAAACAGCAGGAAGAUUACGUUGGCGAAGACAGGGAAUACGUAGACGGUGACUGUGGGAUAUGUUUCGAAGAAGCGGUCCGCCCGACGCUCACGCCGUGCUGCGCGCGCGUCUUCUGCGCCGAGCAUCUGCAUGCGUGGCUCCGAGGGACCGAAUCCGACGGACGGUGUCCCGCGUGUAAAACGCGGCUCGAUGGCUCCCUUUCCUCCUACUCCCUUUCCUCCUCCCAAUCACCAUACUCCCUUUCGUCCCAAUCACCGUAUUACUCCCCAUCUCGAUAUCUAUCCCUUUCAGAUAAUGUUGACGACGAUGAGGGGGGUGGGGGUGGGCGUCUGUUAGAGGACGGUGAUGGUGGGGUGUUAGAUGGGGGAGAUGGGGGAAAUGGGGGCAGGGGACGCGGUGUGGAGACGACGUCGGCGUGGAAGUGGCUCGCGUCGUGGCUCGUGCCCGAACCCUCUACCUCAUCUUCUGCCUCUUCCUCUACCUCUCCUAUCCUACCCCCUGCACACCAACUGCAACACCAACACUCGCAACCACCACCGUGGUCGUCCUCGUCGUCCUCGGCGGCGGCGGCGGCGGCGGCGCAGCACCCACAGAACCCACAGGACCCGCACUCACCACACCCGUCGUACUCAUCGUACGCGUCGGGGACCCCGAUUACGCCGGGCACGCCGCCUGCGACGCAGGGCUUCAUCCCUAUGGCUUCGCAACACCACGGUACGCAGGCGCGAGAUCAGGUUCAGAAUCAGAAUCGAAGUCAGAAUCAAGUUCAGAAUCGAAGUCAAAAUCAAAACCAAAAUCGAAGUCAAAACCAAAAUCAACACCAACACCAGCAGCAAGGCUCGGCGGGGAGGGGGAGGAGCGCGCACCCGCACCCGCUUUCGGAGCACGUCGAGCGGGCCCGAGCUGCCCGAGCUGCUGAAGGUGAGGGCGAAGGCCGGGGUGGGGGUGGGGGCGGUAAAGGUGAUUGUUUUGGAAAGGAAGAUAGAGAGGAUAGAGAGAGUGGGGGCGGGAGCAGCUCAACGUCAACAUCGACCUCGACCUCGCGCUCGAACUCGUCGCCCGAGAUCGCCGGGGAGGGGGAGGGGGAGGGGUCGUCGACGUGUACGACGCCCCCGCUCCCCGCGCUCCCCUCUAUAAAAGAAAAAUUUGCGUCCUCGUCCGCGUUCGCUUCUGUACGCCACAGCGAUGCGAGCGCGGGCGCGGGGGAUGCGGUGGAUGUGGUGGGUGCAAAAUCUGCUGGUGGAGGUGGAGAUGUAGGAGGACUCGGCGAUGUGGAGGGAGACGUUAGGGGUGCCGGAGACGUGGGGUUAGAGGUGAAAACGCAAACCCAAACGAGGGUAGAAGACGUCGAUUUGGUGGGCACGCUCUCGCGGUUCCUGAGUCUCGUGGGUUUGCUGGGGCUGUUCUAUGUCCUGCUGUCGUAG